AUGGGCUGCGGUGAUACUGAGACACCACCGCCACCUGACAUACUUUUCUUCCACAUACUACCAAGGGUGCCAGGUAAGUCCGUACACCGUUUUCUGUGCGUUUGCAAGCAAUGGCAGUCGUUCCUCACAACACCAACGUUUGCCAAGAUGCAUCAACACCACCACAAACUUCUUAUUACCUUAUCCACCACAACAACACCAUGCAAAUUUAGCACCAUCAACUUGGAAGCACCUCAAGACGGUCCAACUGCGAGCCGUCCUUUACCUUUCGAAGCCAGUCAUGAACACGAACAGAUCAUAGGGUCUGUACGUGGACUGGUAUGUUUACGCAUGAUUAACAAGUGCAACGGGAGGAUUUACACCGAUAUAAUUCUAUGGAAUCCUUUAACGGGUGAAUACAAGACCGUGCCUAGACCCAACGUCGAAAAAUGUGACGUGACCACCGCAAAAAUAGUCGGGUUGUAUCACAGUUGCGACGAUUACAAGCUUCUACUCGUAACUAAGGACUGUAAUGUUUAUAUAUACUCGUUGAAAUCCGACUCGUGGAGACAGGUUGAGACGACAGAAGAGGAGUCGAGCUUUCUACCCCAUUUACACAAUUACUGGCUAUCGGAAUAUCAAUCGACUCAACCGUGUGUUUUAUUAAACGAAAAAAUGUAUUUCAUAAAUACGAUAACUAACUUGAAUUAUGAAAUGUCGAAUUAUGUAGUCGUUGUAAGGUUUGAUUUGAAGACGGAAAGGUUGAGAAAGAUGGCAAGUCCUUGUGACGGAAACGGGAUAUGGAAAAGGUGUACGAGUUCCAUGGUCGUAAGAGGGUGCGUUCACUUGUACGUGAUAUAUCGGGGACAGAUUAAUGGUGAUAGAAGAUUUGUAGCAGAGCUGUGGCAGAUGGACGAAGACGGAGACGGAGACGGAGAUUGGAGAAUGGUAGCAAGUAGUCCUUGGAGUUUUACGUGUCCAGUGCACUUGAUGAAGAAUGGAAAGUGGGUGAUGAUUGAARAGGAUGGUCAUGGCCGURCCAUUUACGAAGCAGAUCUGAUGCAUACAAAAAAGGUGGUGUAUUCGUAUCCCCGAGGGACCAUGAUUAUCACACCAGCAUGGAAAUACACGGAGACUUUGGGGAUCAAUAUGUUUAAUUAA